AUCAAAAUCGCAACACACUAUUAGUCGUCGUCGUAAUUUAUUAAAUUAUUAUUCGUGAUGGCAAACGACUAACAUAAUUUAUCGAAAUAACUGCAAAUCAAUGUAAAUAUCAUCGGCAACCAUCAAAUUAUCUCGUAUCGCCACUCCAAAUCAAAAGUUUUCGUCAAAAUGAAUCGCAAGCUCAAGAAAUACGGACUUCUCUUCCUGUCGUUUGUGAUAAUUCUUUGUGUUUACCGUUCAUUAGCUAACACAGCGGAAAACGAAUAUUCGAAUAGAAUUGUGGAUGCCAGCAGAUUCAAACACCACAAAUCGCAGUUCCGAGAAGAGGAUGAAGUCAAAUCGAGCCCAUUUACCGACUUGGAAGACGCAAAUAGGAGAAUAAGUGAAUUAGAGAGUAAAAUUAGCGAAUUGUCGUCGCUUGUGAAGCAACUUUCCGCGAGUAUUCCGAAAAAAUAUCCCGAUGUGACAUUUUUGAACUACAAAAGUAGGAAGCGGAUUCUCAUAACAGGCGGUGCAGGCUUCGUCGGGUCACAUUUGGUCGAUGUUCUGAUGAUGCAAGGGCACGAAGUGAUUGUUGCCGACAAUUUUUACACGGGUCGCAAACGAAAUGUCGAACAUUGGCUCGGACACGAGAAUUUCGAGUUGAUCCAUCAUGACAUUGUGAAUCCCCUUUUCAUAGAAGUUGAUGAAAUUUACCAUCUAGCGUCGCCAGCAUCGCCUCCGCAUUACAUGUUGAACCCCGUAAAGACGAUAAAAGUCAAUACGCUUGGCACGAUUAACGUUUUGGGUCUGGCGAAGCGUGUUGGAGCUCGAGUUCUCAUUGCAAGCACCUCCGAAGUGUACGGCGACCCGACAGAACAUCCACAAUCCGAAACUUACAACGGAAAUGUCAACCCGAUUGGACCACGUGCAUGUUACGACGAAGGCAAACGAGUUUCCGAGACACUGAGUUACGCGUAUGCAAAACAGGAGAAAGUCGAAGUGAGAGUUGCACGCAUUUUUAACACGUAUGGGCCCCGAAUGCAUCUCAAUGAUGGGCGUGUCGUCUCGAAUUUCAUCAUGCAAGCACUGCAAAACGAAAGUAUCACAAUUUAUGGGAACGGCAAACAAACAAGGUCCUUCCAAUAUGUCUCGGAUCUCGUGGAAGGCCUCGUAUCGCUUAUGGCAUCGAAUUAUUCGCAGCCCGUGAAUUUGGGAAAUCCCACAGAACGCACAAUCGAAGAGUUUGCCGAGAUAAUUUUGCAACUAAUCGGCAGUAAAAGCAAAUAUCGAUCGAUGCCGGCAGUCGAAGAUGACCCGCAACGACGAAAACCUGACAUUACAAGAGCAAAAACUUUCCUCAAUUGGGAGCCACGAGUGCCAUUACAAGUGGGUCUCGAAAAAACGAUAGAAUACUUCCGCAAAGAGCUCCAACGUGUCACGCAUUCGGAAAGGAACAUUUUUGUGCCCGAAAAAACAUGAUUUUCCGAAUUAUUUUAGAACUUUUUCAAUUGUGACUGCAAAUUUUUUAGAUAAAUAAGGUCCCUUUCUCCAUUUUUCCCUCAGAUUCUCAAAAAAAUAUAUUUAACGAAGAGACAAACGAUUUUAUAUAGACCAUAGUAGAUAAUUUUUAACAAAUCUAAUAUAAAAAUAUGCAAAAGCAAUCAAUCUAGUCGGAUGUAAAUAAAAUUUAUCGCAAGGUUUUUUGAUGCACAUCAUGAAAAUUUAACAUAUUUUGUAGACGUUUAAGGGAGUGAAGAACAAGUUGAGAUGUAAAUAAAUUGAUAAAUGAUGGAAAUUUUGUGUUUUCUAUGGAAUUUAAAUAAAAAUCAAUAGUCAGUUUUUAGCUGAAUUUU